AUGGGUACUCUGAGGGACUUGCAGUUUGCACUGCAGCUGAAGAUUGAGGAGCUCCGCCAGAGAGACGGUCUGAUAGAUGAGCUGGAGUUGGAGCUGGACACUAAAGAUGACCUCAUCAGACAGCUGCAGACAGAACUGGACCGCCAUCGCAACGCUCCACAACACACAGGGACCACUGGGAGCACAGAGAACACAGGUAGGUACCUAACUAGUCAUUACACCUUAAGUAGCAUUACCAUGCACCUCUAAUACAACACAGACCUAUGGGAAACGGAAAACAACACAGGGUACCAAACCAGUCAUAACGCUCCUGGGGGUGUUCAGUGAAUUCAAGGGUAGUUGGGCAUGAACCUGUGAGCCAUCACUCUCAAGGCUAAUGUGACAGAUUGGGGUUGAACGCAGUCUCCUGCCUGCCACAAGACUGUGUUAGCUCCCUGAGGUAAAGCCUAACCAAAAUGGGUGUCUGUCAGGACCCGGGCUGUCCCCACCAGUGCCUGAUGAGCCGCAGAGGACUAAGAGACAGGCAAUAUCAGCAGAACCCACAGCCCUGGACCCUGCCCAACUCACACACGUCACACUUACCAACUACAGCAAGAGUGAAGAGUGAGUACAUACAGACACACACACACACCCACACACACACACAAAGACACUGACCCAGUCUCUUUACAUGUGCACAGGUCUAGAGAGCUGAUCCAUAGAGCUCUGUUGGAGAAUGAAUUCAUGAAACACCUGGAGCAGGAACAGGUACUAAUAUUGCUACGACUGUAUAGUAUUACUGUGGUACCACUGGUACUCUCACUGUCUGUUCCUGUUCAUUUAUUUCUCUCCCCUCUCUCUCUCUCUCUCUCUCUCUCUCUCUCUCUCUCUCUCUCCUCUCUCUCUCUCUCUCUCUCUCUCUCUCUCUCUCUCUCUCUCUCUCUCUCUCUCUCUCUCUCUCUCUCUCUCUCUCUCUCUCUCUCUCUCUCUCCUUCUCUCUCUCUCUCUCUCUCUCUCUCUCUCUCCCUCUCUCUCUCUGUGUAGAUUCAGACCAUAGUUGACUGUAUGCAUCCCACUUGUCUGGCCCGGGGCUGCUGUGUCAUACAGGAGGGAGACGACGGAUCUCUGGUCUAUGUACUGGAGGGUGAGAGGCAUUGAGGGAGAUGGAAGGAUGUGGAGGGGGAGGUAGGGAGAGAUGGAGCGUAAGAGAGGUGGGAAAAUUGGCAAAUGAAGAGGGAUAGAGAGAAGAGGAAGGGCGGGCGGGUGAGAGAGAAGGGGAAGAGGUGGGGAGAGAGGGUGAAAGAUGGAGGGAGGGUGAGAGAUGGAGGGAGGGAGGGUGAGAGAGGGAGGGUGAGAGAGAGGAAGGGAAUAGGGAAGUAGAGAGGUGAGAAGGUAUGAUAGUCUAGGCGAAAAGGGAGGCAAGGGAGGGACAGAUAAUACCACAGAUAGAACAAUGAGACAGAUAUUUCACCGGAUGUAUAAAUGUGAAGCAUCCGGUUGGCGUUUUCACUCACUACCAAAAGCCCAGUGGCUGGCAGUGGGAGAUGAUGGAACAAGAUGGAUUUUGGCCGACAUUCUGCUAAUUUACUUAUCGAUCAAACAUUUGAUCUCAAUACAGUUUUUUGUUCCCAAAACUACAAUUUGUUACAAACAGAGUGGACUACGUUUUGUAGACUUUACCCUUUGCCAAAGUUUCCAAAAAUUGCAUUGUUUUGAAGGUGUGCAAAGGCUAAUUCAGUUACUGCACACACGCACUUCACAGAGUAGGCGUACCCCAACGGAAAUAUGCAAAUGACUGCUAGAACGCACCAAUAGGAUCUCACUAUCUCAUGCUUGGCUCUGCCCACCUCCUUGCUUGUUCUGCCCACUAUAGGUCAUUUGUUCCCAUUUGAAACGACAGGCUAUGGUCUAUCUUGGUUUAGUUAUACAAACCUUUGAUGAUACUGUAGAUCAGGUGAUAUCAUACAGUGAGCUCACUGUAGCAGAGGCAGACAGGUCACACACACACACACUUCUUGCUCUCUCAGGCGCUCUGAGACAUCUGUUCCUGUCACCUCGACUCCUCUCCUCUUAAAAAUAUCUGUUAAUCUGUCCUUUGUCUCUCUCUGUUUCUCAUUCACACACACACACACACACACACACACACAGACACACACACACACACACACACACAAUUAGACCAUGUUGAUUAUACAGUCCAUUCACUUCGGUAAACAUCCAUCAAGAGAGUGUGGGUGUAUUACCAUGAAGAGAUGAUUCAUAUUAAUGCAUGCCUUUAAGUGUGAAUGAGUGGGGAGUUGGGGAGUUCGGGCAGGUUUGAUGAUGUAAUGUUGGUUAUGUGCGUGCCUGAGUGUGUGUGUGUGUGUGUGUGCGGUUGUGCGUGUGUGUGCGUGCGGGUGUGUAGAGGGGAAGGUGGAGGUGACUAAAGGGGAACAGAAGCUGUGCACCAUCGAUCCUGGGAAGGUCUUUGGAGAACUGGCCAUCCUCUACAACUGUACAAGGACUGCUACUGUUACAGGUAACACACUCACAUCACUGCUAUUUUAGGUAGGACACUGUAGCUCAGUUGGUAGAGCAUGGCGCUUGCAACGCCAGGGUUGUGGGUUCGUUUCCCACGGGGGGCCAGUAUGAAAAAUGUAUGCACUCACUAACUGUAAGUCGCUCUGGAUAAGAGCGUCUGCUAAAAUGACUAAAAAUGUAAAAAUGACACACAUACACUUAUUUGAUUGAGUUCAGGAUUAGGAAUUGUUUUUGUAAUCUGUUCAUCCUCCUCUCUGCCACUAAUGAUUAGUCUGAUGGAUUGAGGUGAGAUUUGGUGUCAGACUAAUGUGUGUGUGUGUGUGUCUGUGUGUGUGUAUGAAUGUGUUGAGGCUAAGUGAUUGGGGUGAGGCGUGGUGUCAGAUCUACGCUGUGCUAAAAGUAUUUAUUUAAUUUCAGCAGAGAGGUACCGUAAUAAUUGAAAAUCCUCCCACGGGUCAUUUUCAGACACACACACACACACACACACUGUACGUGGUUACAGUCUGAUUUGGGCUGUAAUAUGCCAGUCCUGUCAGUAGGCUGUCUGCCUGUCUUCUUGUGUUUAUGCAUUCUCAUUGGUGUGUGUGUGUGCGUGAGUAGGUGACAGCCUCCACAGUUCACAAAUCAUUCCUUUUACAAAGAAUAAAGAAUACUUGGUGCUAUUCAUCCUUCUACUCUUCUACUCUUCUUCUCUUCUUGUCUCUCUCUCUCUCUGAGUGGUGAAGUGUCUACUGUACAAUGAAAUUCAGGGUCAGGUAGUUAUUGGUCUGCUGAGAGAGGGAGAGAGAGGGAGGUGAAUAGGAAAAGAAACAACUCCUUUGGCUGCUUUCUCAGUCCCUCUCCUUUAGCAUCUCUCCCUUGUCCUUUCCUCUCCUCUAUCCUCUCUUCUUUCCACACCUGCAAGUCUUUUUAUUUUACCACGUGUCGACAGCGUUCAGUUUGGCCCUUCAUUCUUCCUUGUCUCUGUCUCUCUCCAUCACCAGAGUUGAUUGACAGGUAGUGAACAUGUGUGAUGUGGGCGGGGGGGAGGUGAGGACAGGGUCUGUGAGGGGUGGGAGGAGGAUGUGAGAAAAAAGGGGCAUGUCUAUAUAAUUACCCUCUUAUUAGAAUAGAGAGAAACAACGCGUGUGUGCAAGUGCCAUUUUGUGUGUGUGUGUAAUAGCAGAUAAUUAGAGUGGGAUGUGAAGGAUGUUUAAUUAUCACAAGGCUCUCAUAUCUAAAAGGAGAACUGUUGAGAUAAUGGCAUUUCCUAUCAACUGCUAUGUGUACUGUGCUGCUAAAUGUUGUUGCACAUGUGACUGUGUGUGUACUUUUGUAAGUAUGUUAUUGUGUGUGUAUGUAUUUGCAUAAAGACAGUAUGUGUGAGUGUAUGUGUUGUUGUUGAUCUUACAGUGUGGGCAGCAGAGAGAGAGAGAGGAGAGAGAGAGAGAGAGAGAGAGAGAGAGAGAGAGAGAGAGAGAGAGAGAGCUAGACGCUAGCGCUCGAGAGAUGCAUCUCUGCAGAUGACUCGGCGAGCGAAGAAUCGCUCACUCGCUCUCUCCUCUAUAGCUCGUCCUCUGCUUCUUCCUCAUCUCUCUCUGCUCGCGCAAUCUCUAGCCUAGAGAGAAACCUUGAAACUGUGCCAUGCUCAUUCCUUUAGCAACCACUCACACGCAUGCACACACUCCAGGGCCUGCAUCUCUGAUUGUUUGUGUAUGUAAGGCUUUCAUUGACAUUCCCUCUACUGGCUACAUGCCACAGGAUUGAAUCAUAUUAUCAUCUUUUUUUGUGUGUUGAAUGGGAUGGGGAGUGUUCAUGAGAGCAACAGGUGCGCGAAUAUGGAGGCUUUGAAAUUCAUUGAAAUUGGCGUACUCUUCUGUCUCCCCUCUCCACUUCCUCAUAUCUCUCUCUGCCCCUCUUUCUUUCUUUCUCUCUUUCUCAUCUCUCCAUAUCUCCCUUCAGCUCUGACUGAAAUUAAGCUGUGGGCAAUAGACAGACAGGGUUUCCAGACCAUCAUGAUGAGGACUGGACUCAUCAAACACUCCCAGUAUAUGGAGUUCCUCCGCAGGUAACACACACAGCUAACACACACACACAAGCAUGCACGCACGCACACACACACAUGCACGGUUAGCUUCUGCUUCAAACACACAGUUUAUUAUGCAGCUAUGCAGACUUCUAUGAGCCUAGUUGAAUAGACAGAUGAUUAGGAUUCAGUAGCCACAGAACACAGAAUGUUUGCUAGCUUCUGUCACGUCUAGGGUUGCAAAGCUACAAGUAAUUUACCAAAGUUACCGGAAUCUUCUGCCAUUUUGGUAAUUAACAGGUAAUCUAUGGCAAUCUAUGGUAACUUUGGUAAUUUAUACUCAAAUAACUUUUAAAAUGUUUAAUUGUAUAUAGUAUUAAUUUUUGAUAUCUGUGUCCAUAUUGUCCAUGAGUUUCUAGUGGAUAGACCAUGUGGUUCAAAAGAAAACAGCCUAAUUAAUAAGAAAAGCAUCUAAUCAACAAUGGCAUUAUUUUCAAUUAACUCUGCAACUCUUUCAACUAUUGACUUUUUACAACUGCCACCAGUUUGGCGCAAUUUUUUUUACAACAAAGACAUAUUUACAUUGUAAAACAAGGCAACAGUAAACAUGUCAUCCCACACGAAUGAUGACUAACAAAUUACUAUAGCUCCCCCCUUGGGUCAAUCAGUGUAAUUUUGUAUAUGCCGGAUCUCUAUGGCAAGACGCAUCAUUCGCCCAAGUUUCGUCAAAAUUGGCCCAGUGCUGUCUGAGAUAUCGCGUGUGACUAACGUAUGAGCGGAUGGACGGACGGAGACAGAUCCACAUUCCUCUCCACGAUUUCAUCUGAGGGACAAUAAAGUGCUGAAACUCUCAUUAUAAAUGGUAUUCACUAAGUUAAUGGUUUAUAUUUAGGAUAAUUUAUUACAGCUUCGUCAUUCUAUUUUUUAUUUUGAAAUCAUCUUAUUUUAUUAUUUUAUAUAUUUUUACAUGUGAUAAAUCCACGCAGAGGGCCAGAGAUAAUUACAGACACCUAUGCUAAUCUGAAGUACCCAAAAGGGCCACUAGAUGUAUUGUGAUAAAUUACGUAAAAUUCUUGAAAGUUACCAAAAUUCUGGUAGUUUACUGGUAAACUUAGAACAUUUCAAGUAAUAUACCCUCCCUUUGCAACCCUAGUCACAUACAGUGAGGGAAAAAAGUAUUUGAUCCCCUGCUGAUUUUGUACGUUUGCCCACUGACAAAGAAAUGAUCAGUCUAAAAUUUUAAUGGUAGGUUUAUUUGAACAGUGAUAGACAGAAUAACAAACAAACAAAUCCUGAAAAACGCAUGUCAAAAAUGAUAUGAAUUGAUUUGCAUUUUAAUGAGGGAAAUAAGUAUUUGACCCCUCUGCAAAACAUGACUUAGUACUUGGUGGCAAAACCCUUGUUUAAAAUCACAGAGGUCAGAUGUUUCUUGUAGUUGGCCACCAGGUUUGCACACAUCUCAGGAGGGAUUCUGUCCCACUCCUCUUUGCAGAUCUUCUCUAAGUCAUUAAGGUUUCGAGGCUGACGUUUGGCAACUCGAACCUUCAGCUCCCUCCACAGAUUUGCUAUGGGAUUAAGGUCUGGAGACAGGCCACUCCAGGACCUUAAUGUGCUUCUUCUUGAGCCACUCCUUUGUUGCCUUGGCCGUGUGUUUUGGGUCAUUGUCAUGCUGGAAUACUCCUCCAUGACCCAUUUUCAAUGCCCUGGCUGAGGGAAGGAGGUUCUCACCCAAGAUUUGACGGUACAUGGCCCCGUCCAUCGUCCCUUUGAUGCGGUGAAGUUGUCCUGUCCCCUUAGCAGAAAAACACCCCCAAAGCAUAAUAGUUCCACCUCCAUGUUCGACGGUGGGGAGGGUGUUCUUGGGGUCAUAGGCAGCAUCCCUCCUCCUCCAAACACGCCGAGUUGAGUUGAUUCCAAAGAGCUCCAUUUUGGUCUCAUCUGACCAAAACAAUUUCACCCAGUUCUCCUCUGAAUCAUUCAGAUGUUCAUUGGCAAACUUCAGACGGGCAUGUAUAUGUGCUUUCUUGAGCAGGGGGACCAUGCGGGCGCUGCAGGAUUUCAGUCCUUCACAGCGUAGUGUGUUACCAAUUGUUUUCUUGGUGACAAUGGUCCCAGCUGCCUUGAGAUCAUUGACAAGAUCCUCCCGUGUAGUUCUGGGCUGAUUCCUCACCGUUCUCAUGAUCAUUGCAACUCCACGAGGUGAGAUCUUGCAUGGAGCCCCAGGCCGAGGAAGAUUGACAGUUAUUUUGUGUUUCUUCCAUUUGCAAAUGAUCGCACCAACUGUUGUCACCUUCUCACCAAGCUGCUUGGCGAUGGUCUUGUAGCCCAUUCCAGCCUUGUGUAGGUCUACAAUCUUGUCCCUGACAUCCUUGGAGAGCUCUUUGGUCUUGGCUAUGGUGGAGAGUUUGGAAUCUGAUUGAUUGAUUGCUUCUGUGGACAGGUGUAUUUUAUACAGGUAACAAGAUUAGAUUAGAAGCACUCCCUUUAAUAGUGUGCUCCUAAUCUCAGCUCAUUACCUGUAUAAAAGACACCUGGGAGGCAGAAAUCUUUCUGAUUGAGAGGGGGUCAAAUACUUAUUUCCCUCAUUAAAAUGCAAAUCAAUUUAUAACAUUUUUGACAUGCAUUUUUCUGGAUUAUUUUGUUGAUAUUCUGUCUCUCACUGUUCAAAUAAACCUACCAUUAAAAUUAUAGACUGAUCAUGUCUUUGUCAGUGGGCAAACGUACAAAAUCAACAGGGGAUCAAAUACUUUUUUCCCUCACUGUAUUUUCACAUUCUUAUUCACACAAUUGAUUUGAGAUUGAUCUUGUUCUCUUUCUCUCUUUGUCAGUGUUCCCUCCUUUCAGUCGUUGCCUGAGGACGUUCUUAGUAAGGUAGCUGAUGUUCUGGAGGAGGUGAGGAGUACACACACACACACACACACACACACACACACACACACACACACACACACACACACUGGCAUGGUCAGAUGGAGAGCAGCUGGUGGUGACAGUCAGUGUGGAUUUGUUUUAAGAGUGUGUGUGUUCGUGUGUGUGCGUGAGUGCACUUGCAUGUGUGUAUGUGUUAACUGCAUACUGCCAUAGACACAAGUCACAUGCCUUCCAGCUUCUAGAGACACGCAGACUGUUUCUCCUUUCUGUGGUAAAGUGCUUCCCCCGUGUAGCUCAGUUGGUAGAGCAUGGCGCUUGCAACGCCAGGGUUGUGGGUUCGAUUCCCACGUGAGGCCAGUAUGGGAAAAAAUAUAUAUAUAAUGUAUGCACUCACUAACUGUAAGUCGCUCUGGAUAAGAGCGUCUGCUAAAUGACUAAAAUGUAAAUGUAAAAAUGUCUGAGAGCCACGUCCCUCUCUCUCUCUUCUCCCCUGCUGUUCUCUUUCCCUUGUCCUCUCCCACUCCCUUUCUCCCUCUCUCCUCUAUCUAUCUCUCUCACUCUCUCUCUCUCAGACUCACUACAGUGAAGGUGAUUACAUCAUCAGGCAGGGUGCCACGGGAGACACCUUCUUUAUCAUCAGCGAAGGACAGGUGAGGAAGAGGAGGUGGAGGAGAGAAGUGUAUAAAAUCACAAUCAUACUGCCAUCAUGUGGACAUAUGCAGUAAUGCAAUUAAAACAUACCAGUAAUAAUCAUAAUUUAAAUUCACAGACUUCCUCCCAAUAACGUCCUCUCUCUUCCCCUCUUCCCCUCUCCUCUCCCCCCUUUUUGUCUCGUCUCUCCUGGCUGCACUCAGGUAAAGGUCACGCAACAGAAGUCAUCCAAUGAGGAGCCAGAGUUUCUGACCACACUCUCUAUCGGGGACUGGUUUGGAGAGCAGGCGCUAAAAGGGUGAGACAACAGCACCUCUAACAACCAAACAACAACAAGCAGCUUUAGAGAACAGCCAAAGACAAAACGUGGCAUGUAAUGUAUUCAUAUUACAUACUAACCAAACACACCAACCAAUUGCCUAAGUAAACAUAUACUCUUAUAGGUUUAGAGUAGAAUUGUAUUGGGCAAAGUAAGAUAAUAAAGAUGACUUCUUAUUUAUGUUGAUAAUGAAUUAUUGUAUUAAUAUUUCUCUCUCUCCCCAGGGAGGAUGUUCGAACGGCCAGUGUCACAGCAGUAGGAGAAGUCACCUGCCUGGUCGUGGACAGAGAGUGAGAGACCCAGGGGGGUGGGAGAGAGAGAGAGAGCGAGAGAGAGUGAGAGAGAGAGUGUGUAUGUGUGCCACAGGAGGCUGCUGAGGGGAGGACAGCUCAAAAUAAUGUCUGGAAUGGAGUAAAUGGAAACAAUGUGUUUGAUGAGUUCAAUUACCAUUCCAUUCAUUCUAUUCCAGCCAUUACUAUAAGCCCGUCCUCCCCAAUUAAGGUGCCACCAACAAACUGUGGUGCGUGCGUGUGUGUAAUUGAACUGUUCUUCAUUGGUUGAUGUGGGGUUGUGUAACUCUACCCCUCCCCUGUUCCAGGUCAUUCAUGCAGCUGAUUGGAGGGCUUGAUGAUGUCAGCAGCAGACAGAACGAGAGUGAUGAGCUCAAGGCCAAGUAAGUGUCACUACAUCUCUGAAUUCUCUUCUUUCAUUCUCUUUCUAACUUUUUCUUGUUUCACCAAACUAAGUUUAGUCAAUUUAGUUUGUGAUACUGUAUAUCCAACCAUACAGACUCCCUAAUUUCAGUGAAAAUAUAUUGGGCAAUUGAUUGACCCCUUGUCUCCAGGUUGGAGGCAGAGGCAGUGUUUUUUUCCAGCGUGUCUCUCAAUGAUUUCCACGUCAUCUGUACACUCGGAGUCGGAGGCUUCAGUCGCGUCGAACUGGUAAGUGUGAGUGUGUGUACUAACACGACUGUGAUGUGUGUGUGUUUAAUAUGUAUAAUGUGUGUGUGUUCAGGUGCAGUUGAAGAGUGAUCCCAGCAGGUCGUUUGCUAUGAAGGUUCUGAAGAAGCGUCACAUUCUGGACACCAGUCAGCAGGGUCACAUCCUCUCAGAGAGACGCAUCAUGAUGGACGCACACGGCCCCUUCACCGUCCGGUACACAAACACACACACACACCACACAGCCACUUCACCGACAGUUACGCACACACACACUGACGCUGUGUGUCCUGUCCAGGUUGUAUCGGACGUUCAGGGACUCCAAGUAUCUGUACAUGCUGCAGGAGGCCUGUCUGGGAGGAGAACUGUGGACUCUACUGAGUGCCAGGUGUGUGUGUGUGUACAUCUAGAACGACUGCAAAUGAAACCUGUCUGUAAACAAACUGCUCAGCCAGCUAUCCACUAACCCUAACCCUAGCUUCAUGCCCACAUCUCAGUUCAACUCUAACCUUAGCCUCAACCCUAACCCUAGCUUCAUGCCCACAUCUCAGUUCAACUCUAACCCUCAACCCUAACCCUAUCUCCAUGCCCACAUCUCAGUUCAACUCUAACCCUAGCCUCAACCCUAACCCUAACUUCAUGCCCACAUCUCGGUUCAAUUCUAACCCUAGCCUCAACCACAACCUAACCCUAGCUUCAUGUCCACAUCCCAGUUCAACCCUAACCCUAGCUCCAACCCUAACCAUAACCCUAAUCCUAGCAAGUUGUUACAUAUCAAUAGAGUUGCAGUUGAUAGUUUGAGCACCCAUAGAUCAUCUAUGGGACUAUUCAAAUAAACAUUUUCAUGUGACUUUUCCAGGGGUUCGUUUGAUGACGGCACCACACGGUUCUAUACAGGCUGUGUUGUAGAGGCUCUGGCCUUCCUCCAUGUUAGAGGUAUCAUCUACAGAGACCUCAAACCUGAGAACAUCAUACUGGAUCACAGAGGAUACGCUAAACUGGUACACACACAAACACACAUAUUUUAAUGCGGUUAACACCUCCAACACAGCAUAGGUUUCUGAAUAAACAGGCAGUGUGGUUUCCAUCAUCUUCAGUUGAUUGUAUCUCGGGCCACAGACACACAGAAACAAAAUAGGAACCCUAUUUAGUGUGCGUGUUUAUCUAUCAGGUGGACUUUGGCUUUGCUAAGAAGGUGGGUCUGGGUCAGAAGACGUGGACGUUCUGUGGGACUCCAGAAUAUGUGGCCCCAGAGAUCAUCCUGAACAAGGGACACGAUAUCUCUGCUGACUGCUGGUCCCUGGGGAUACUCAUCUAUGAACUGCUCAGCGGCAGGUACAGCGUGUGUGUGUGUGUGCUCAGAGAUGGGGUCUUCUUAUUGGUCUCAAUGUCGAGACUGUAUUUUUCUCCCUCUCCUUCUCCAGUCCUCCGUUCUCUGGUUCUGACCCUAUGAACACCUAUAACAUCAUCCUGAGAGGAAUCGACAUGGUGGAGUUCCCCAAGAAGAUCUCCAAGAGUGCAGCCAACCUCAUCAAACGCCUCUGCAGGUACAGUGGGGGAAAAAAAGUAUUUAGUCAGCCACCAAUUGUGCAUGUUCUCCCACUUAAAAAGAUAAGAGAGGCCUGUAAUUUUCAUCAUAGGUACACGUCAACUAUGACAGACAAAAUUAGAAAAAAAAUCCAGAAAAUCACAUUUAUUUGCAAAUUAUGGUGGAAAAUAAGUAUUUGGUCAACAACAAAAGUUUCUCAAUAAUUUGUUAUAUACCCUUUGUUGGCAAUGACACAGGUCAAACGUUUUCUGUAAGUCUUCACAAGGUUUUCACACACUGUUGCUGGUAUUUUGGCCCAUUCCUCCAUGCAGAUCUCCUCUAGAGCAGUGAUGUUUUGGGGCUGUCGCUGGGCAACACGGACUUUCAACUCCCUCCAAAGAUUUUCUAUGGGGUUGAGAUCUGGAGACUGGCUAGGCCACUCCAGGACCUAGAAAUGCUUCUUACGAAGCCACUCCUUCGUUGCCCGGGCGGUGUGUUUGGGAUCAUUGUCAUGCUGAAAGACCGAGCCACGUUUCAUCUUCAAUGCCCUUGCUGAUGGAAGGAAGUUUUCACUCAAAAUCUCACGAUACAUGGCCCCAUUCAUUAUUUCCUUUACACGGAUCAGUCGUCCUGGUCCCUUUGCAGAAAAACAGCCCCAAAGCAUGAUGUUUCCACCCCCAUGCUUCACAGUAGGUAUGGUGUUCUUUGGAUGCAACUCAGCAUUUUUUGUCCUCCAAACACGAAGAGUUGAGUUUUUACCAAAAAGUUCUAUUUUGGUUUCAUCUGACCAUAUGACAUUCUCCCAAUCCUCUUCUGGAUCAUCCAAAUGCACUCUAGCAAUCUUCAGACGGGCCUGGACAUGUACUGGCUUAAGCAGGGUGACACGUCUUGCACUGCAGGAUUUGAGUCCCUGGCGGCGUAGUGUGUUACUGAUGGUAGGCUUUGUUACUUUGGUCCCAGCUCUCUGCAGGUCAUUCACUAGGUCCCCCCGUGUGGUACUGGGAUUUUUGCUCACCAUUCUUGUGAUCAUUUUGACCCCACGGGGUGAGAUCUUGCGUGGAGCCCCAGAUCGAGGGAGAUUAUCAGUGGCCAAUUCCUAAUAAUUGCUCCCACAGUUGAUUUCUUCAAACCAAGCUGCUUACCUAUUGCAGAUUCAGUCUUCCCAGCCUGGUGCAGGUCUACAAUUUUUAUUUCUGGUGUCCUUUGACAGCUCUUUGGUCUUGGCCAUAAUGGGGUUUGGAGUGUGACUGUUUGAGGUUGUGGACAGGUGUCUUUUAUACUGAUAACAAGUUCAAACAGGUGCCAUUAAUACAGGUAACGAGUGGAGGACAGAGGAGCCUCUUAAAGAAGAAGUUACAGGUCUGUGAGAGCCAGAAAUCUUGCUUGUUUGUAGGUGACCAAAUACUUUUCCACCAUAAUUUGCAAAUAAAUUCAUUAAAAAUCCUACAAUGUGAUUUUCUGGAGAAAAAAAAUCUCAAUUUGUCUGUCAUAGUUGACGUGUACCUAUGAUGAAAAUUACAGGCCUCUCUCAUCUUUUUAAGUGGGAGAACUUGCACAAUUGGUGGCUGACUAAAUACUUUUUUUCCCCACUGUACAUACAAACACACACACAGACACACACACACCACACACACACAGAGAGCAUAGAGACCUCAUCAAAUGGUGCUUGCGCAGUGUGUUUAUGUAACUGUAUGUGUUUGUAUUGCCCAGGGACAACCCAUCUGAGAGGGUGGGGAACCAGAAGAACGGGGUGAAGGACAUACAGAAACAC